AUGGUGAGAUUGACUAGAAAGAGGGCCCUUGAAAAUGAGUUGAAUGGGUCACCAUUAACAAAGACCCUUUCCAUGGAUUCCAUAUCGUCUUUAUUCAAACGCAAGAGAAAGAGAGGAGAUAGCGAAGAUACGGACACGACUAAAUCCCAAUCGGAUAGUGAACAGAAUGCCUCUGAGGAGGAAGAGGAAUACAACAGGGAGGAACCGAGUAAGGCACCUCAUCAUAAAAGGAGAAAGAUCAAAACAAAGGAAGAGGAGGAAUUCGAGGCACGUGAGAAAGAAUUAGACGAACAACUUCCACCCGAAUUAAGAAAAUAUAGACCAAGAGGGUUUGGUUUCAACUUGCCACCGCAAGGUAGACCCGUUAGAGUCUACGCAGAUGGCGUUUUUGAUCUAUUCCAUUUAGGUCACAUGAAACAAUUGGAACAAGCCAAAAAGGCUUUUGACAAUGUUGAGUUGGUUUGCGGGAUUCCAUCCGAUGUUGAAACCCAUAAACGUAAAGGUCUAACUGUGUUAACAGAUAAGCAAAGGUGCGAGACGUUGAAGCAAUGUAGAUGGGUUGAUGAAGUCAUACCCAAUGCUCCUUGGUGUGUGACUCCAGAAUUUUUGAAAGAGCACAGGAUUGAUUAUGUUGCUCAUGAUGAUUUACCCUAUGCCAGUUCAGAUAGUGAUGAUAUUUAUAAACCCAUAAAGGAGAAAGGCAUGUUCUUGACUACCCAAAGAACUGAUGGUAUAUCAACAUCAGACAUCAUCACCAAGAUCAUUCGCGAUUACGACAAGUAUUUAAUGAGGAAUUUUGCUAGAGGUGCAACUAGAAAAGAUUUGAAUGUCAGCUGGCUCAAGAUGAAUGAGCUCGAGUUCAAGAAACACAUCAAUGAUUUCAGAACUUAUUGGAUGAAAAACAAGACAAACAUCAACAAUGUUAGCAGAGAUUUGUAUUUUGAAAUCAGAGAGUUUAUGCGUGGCCGUAAAUUCAAUGUGAAGCAGUACUUGGAAACUCAUCAAAACGCAGCAAGACAAAAAAGACUUAGAAAUGGGUUUGAUAGCCUGAAUUUGACCACUGAUGAUGAAGAGGAGUCAUCACCAACAAAAGGUAGUCCCUUGGCCGAUUUUGCAUCAAAGUAUAUUGGAAAUGCUAAUAAGGAAUUGAACAAAACUGGUAAGGCUUUAUUCUCGUGGAUACAAGGGGAAAAUGAUGAUAGUGAUAACAACAAUGGGUUCGAUGAAGAUGCUGACGAGAUUGAUGACGAGGAAAUCAAACCGAUUACAAUCAGACCUGUGAGAAGAGCUAGACGCAGAAGCAGCAGUGCCGGUAGCUCUGCAAGUGCCAAUAGCACACCCUUGAAGCCAAAAUUGGGUUCCACAAAGGCUCCUCUGGAAGCAACAACCCCCAAAUCAGCACCAGUCACAAAAAAUACAUCUUCAACAACACCAAAGUCCGAAGUGAGCUCGCAGAGUAAAUCUCUGAGUACUCCUAAAACUGCACUGGCCACACCAAAAAAGAAGACUCCAAAGGGCAAACCAGCUGCCUCAUAA